GCGCGCGCUCAGGCAGGACCCCGCGGGCUGCCCUUUUCACUGCCUGAUGGCGGAGACAGCGUUUCGGCGCCGGUACCACCGGCAGAGCGCUCGCUGGGGCAUCUCCUCCCCUCCCUCACAGAGCGAGCGCAUGGAUCCCUUCUUCCACCCUGCCUCCGCGCUUCCAGCGCGCUCCCACCUCUCCUCCUCCUCCGGCGUUUGACGCGGGCAGCCCGCGGCGGCUGGGCGCGAGGAGCGCGGCGGGCGGGGGUCCUGGCGGCAAGGCAAACGCGCCAAGUUUCCCGUGGCGGGGCGGGCGGCGGGGCCGGGGCCCGCGGGCUCCAGAGCGACGGGCGGCGGGGCCGGGACGGGCCGGGACGGGCGGCCAUGUAGCGGCGGCGUUUCCCGUCCGGGAAGAUGCCCGGGGUGCUCCCCAGCGAGAGCGGGGCGGCGUCGCGGGGCAGCCCGUCGAAGCGGAGCCGGCUGUCGCUGAAGCUGUUCCAGAAGAAGGAGGCCAAGCGGGCGCUGGACUUCGCCGAGCCGCAGGACGGCGGCGGGAGCAGCCCCGAGCCGCGGGGAGGAGACGUUGACCAGGUUGUUCCUGCAGCACAGCCUCCCUCACUUGUCAGCUGCGAGAGGAAAGACAACAUGUUGCCUUUCGUGGGCCUGAAUAAUCUCGGUAACACUUGUUACCUGAACAGCAUCCUUCAGGUGUUAUAUUUUUGUCCUGGCUUUAAAACUGGAGUAAAGCAUUUAUACAACAUCAUUUCAAAGAAGAAAGAAUCUUUGAAAGAAGAAGGCGAGCAAAAAGCAGACAAGGGAAAUUGUAAAGAAGAUCCCCUGGCAAGUUACGAGCUGAUCUGCAGCCUGCACUCCCUGAUUCUUUCCAUUGAGCAGCUUCAAGCCAGCUUUCUCUUAAAUCCAGAGAAAUACACGGAUGAACUUGCUACUCAGCCACGAAGGCUACUCAAUACCCUUAGAGAGCUCAACCCUAUGUAUGAAGGCUACUUGCAGCACGAUGCCCAGGAGGUUCUGCAGUGUAUCCUAGGUAACAUCCAAGAAACAUGUCAGCUACUGAAGAAGGAAGAAUUGAACAAACUCCCUUUGGAAGAGCCUGCAGCUAAACCGGAGGAAAAACUUGAUGAAAAUGGUGAGAGCAACGGAAUUGGCAACUCUGCCGAGGAGGAGGACAGUGAGCCGAGUGGCCCUGUGGGAGAGGUGGCCGAAGAUAAGCUGCUCAAAGGGAACGGGAAAAGAAAAAGUGAUGCCGAAGGUGGCAACGCAAAGAAAAAAUCCAAAGUAUCGAAAGAACAAAUUGCAGCAGAAGAAAAUCAAAGACAAACCAGGUCGAAGAGGAAAGCAACGGGAGAAAAGCUCGAAAAUCAAACCGAUGCCAUUGCCAAGUGCUCCACUGAAAACGAGAGUGCGAAGCCCACACAGAAGAAGUCACGACUUCGGUUAAACUGGUUAAAAUCUUCGUGCAAACAACCCAGUAUUCUGUCCAAAUUUUAUAGUCUGGGAAAGUUGACAACAAAUUUGGGAUCCAAAGACCCAGCGAAAGAAUACGAUGACUGUGAGCUUGAAGAGUCUUCUGUGAAGAGUGAAAAUGGCAAUAACAUUAAAGAAGAGGGUCAUGAACCAGCAUUUGCUGUGGAAAGCCAUAAUGAAAAAGGAACUGAAAAAGAACCAAAAAAGGAAGGUACGGAGCUGGCUGUUUUUGAACUAGUGGAGAAAUUGUUCCAGGGCCAGUUAGUACUGAGAACAAGAUGCUUGGAGUGCGAGUGCUUCACUGAAAGAAGAGAAGACUUCCAGGACAUCAGCGUUCCAGUGCAAGAAGAUGAACUUUCUAAAACUGAAGAAAGUUCUGAAAUUUCUCCAGAGCCAAAAACAGAAAUGAAGACUCUUAAGUGGGCAAUUUCGCAGUUUGCAUCAGUGGAAAGGAUUGUGGGAGAGGAUAAAUAUUUCUGCGAGAACUGCCAUCAUUACACAGAAGCAGAACGCAGUCUUUUAUUUGAUAAAAUGCCUGAAGUUAUAACAAUUCAUUUGAAGUGCUUUGCUGCUAGUGGCAUAGAGUUUGAUUGCUAUGGUGGGCUGUCCAAGAUAAACACUCCCCUGCUGACGCCUCUCAAAUUGUCGCUAGAAGAAUGGAGCACGAAGCCAACUAACGACACCUACGGAUUAUUUGCCGUGGUAAUGCACAGUGGCAUUACAAUUAGCAGUGGACACUACACAGCCUCUGUCAAAAUCACAGAUCUUAACAGCCUAGAGAUAGACAAGGGAAACUUCAUCACUGACCAAAUGUACGAAAUGAUAAAGCCAGAACCACUGAACGAGGAGGAAGCGCGAACUGUUGCCGAAGACUACGACGACGGCGAAGUCUCUUUUAGAGUCAACGGGAAUGCACAGCCAGGGAAAGUUCUGAACAAAAAGAACAUGGAAGCUGUGGGACUUCUGGGGGGACAGAAGAGCAAGUCUGACUGUGACCUGUACAAUAACAAACCAGCUAACGCUGAGAAGUUUCUUAAUAUAGUUACUGAAAACAGAAACCCAGAGUCUAGCAAUACUAACGGAAGCGUGGAGUGCAGUACGGAGCACAGCGAUCAGAACGGGGUUGCCUUCAGCGGACUAGAAAAUAAAGCUUUGUACGUAUUGCAGAGCCUGAAAGAGUAUGAAGGAAAGUGGUUGCUUUUUGAUGACUCUGAAGUGAAGGUCACAGAGGAAAAGGACUUUCUGAAUUCUCUUUCUCCGACAUCGUCAUCUACGUCAACUCCUUACUUACUGUUUUAUAAGAAAAUUGUAGAGUGAUACUGUAUUUUGACUGUAAAUAUUAAGGAUUUGCAUACACCUAUUGCCUGAUUUGCAUCAGGACUACCUGGAAGAAACAGAAGUUUGUUUUUUUGAAGCUACUGGAUCAUACAUUUUCUGGUCUUUGCGUUCUGUGUAAGUGGCUCAACUUGAAUUAAUAAACCAUGCCCUAGAACUUAACUCACAUAGUAACUUUUAUGCUGAAUAGCGAUAUUAUCUUUUAGGAAUACCGAUUUGUAUAGUUCCUGAAUGAUGCCUACAAUACACGGUAGUGGUUUUAACACAGCUCUAGUUCUCAGACAUGCCUCUUGUAUUAUUAGCUUUUUUUUAAUAAAAGUUAUUUGUAUUCAUAUUCUGGAGUAAAUGUAUAUUAACUAGCAGAUUUCAUCAGAAGUUGUGUAUUUUUGUAACUUGCGAAGUAAUACUUCAUAUAUAGUCUUUGAGUAAUCGACGUGGUUUGCUGAUGGCAUUCUCCUUACCCAGUCCUAUACCGCUCAGUGCAUCCCAAAGCACAAGAAAAAGGGGCUUAAAGCUUUGUUUAGUGUAUUGGAAGGAGCUGAACUUAAUAGAAAUGUUUGAUGUUCUAAUUUACAUCUUGUUGCAUAGGUGUUAAAUGGGCAUAAGUGUAAAUAGGUGUGAUUAAUACUUCAAAACAGGGAGCGUGUAGUGUAAUUAAAAUACUUUUGUACUUCUUAAGAGUAAAGCCCUCUAAUAUGCAUAUCUGUUUGGGUGGAUUUGGAAUUUAGUGGUGAUCUUAUAACAGUUAAUUUGUACUUCGAGCUCACUGAAAGGUGAGCAAACGAAAGCAUUUGGCUUGAUGCUUUGUUGAGAAUGUAUAUAUGAAAUAAAAAAAAAUAUGAUAUGCAUCAGA